UUUAAAUGGAAAGACGGCAUUAAGAAAUCCCACUCGAGUUGUCCAGACACGGCUCCUUUAAGAGGUGAAUCCAAUCGUGGGUCUCAGGGGGCGGGGCUUGUGCCAUGGUUCCCUCUUGUUGCUGCAGAGGUUCUGCUCUGCGCAGCGCUUUAACGGAGUGUCUCUAGGUGGAUCGCAGGGUUUCAUUCUGCUCGGAAUGGAGAUACAUUUGGGGAAGGAUCUGUCAAGAACGCGUUCGUUGUUGUUUUUUCUCUGCAUGUGGACGUUAGAGGUGAUUAUGGCUUGAUCAAGGUUUGAAACGUUGCACGGCAGUUAAUUCGCCCCCGCUUUAGGGCGCUCGAGGGAAGCGGGUUUCUUUUCAUUCUGCCUGGAUAGCGGAAAGGCUUGAAAUAUUGUCAAGAUAGCAGCUGUGCUUGGAGAUUACGUUACCAAUAUAAUGGCUUGCUUGGGCUCUCUGCAAUGUGACUUCUGAAUUGUAGCAGCUAACGUGAAUGAAAACGUUAUCCUUGUGUAAUUCGCUAUCGGCUGCUUGCUGUGAUCUGGCUGCUCCCUUGUGUGACUGUUCAGCGCUUUUUAACGUGGAUUUGUACAGAAUGAAAUGCAAAUUGCACUAGGUCUCAUCAACAGGACACGUGGAGAUUAGAUUAGUCUGAGGGCUGAAGAGAAGCUUUAUAGCCACUGGUGCAAAACUAAAAUACAGCUAACGCAUCCAAGUGCAACUUUGCAUUCAUGGUCUGUCCGCUGUUUGAAAAUGAGCACGUCUUGCAUUAGUUUUGGUUUGCCACAAGAGCCAAACGUCAACUUGGAGCCGUCCUGCACAGAAAUACUCGCUCAGAGAUCCGUCCAUUGAUGGAAUGCGGGACUCGGACCGCGGCGGAACUGUGUGGAAGACCAUAAGCGCACAAAGUGUUCAUCGGGGGGAAACAUGGCACAGGCUAGUGCCGAGGAGAAGAAACCUCUUGCAGGAGACGUUGACAUAGAUCCGGACUUCGAGCCUCAGAAAAGGCCGAGGUCCUGCACAUGGCCUCUGCCACGGCCGGAGUGUAACACUGGGAAGCAGCCUGAGCCGGGCGAGGCGGACAUUAUUCCCGAGGAGGAGGACGACGAGAGCAGCCCUGAUCGCCGUGUGGACAACACCAACAAGCAAACAGGAGAGCAAACGAGCUCCACACGAGCUAAACAGAGCCACAGUUGUGAUCCUCCUGGUCCAGCAUUAAACACAACUUGUAAUGACAAGGACAGUGAUUUUUCUCGUUCUCCCAGCAGAACCUCCCAAGCGCUGGCCGCUGCAGCGCCUGACUCGGGCGUUACUACUGUCACACUCCAGCAGCCCAGAAAAUCAUCCGCACGCAGAAAUGCAUGGGGAAAUUACUCCUAUGCUGAUUUAAUCACCCAGGCCAUCGAGAGCUCCCCAGAGAAAAGGCUGACGUUGGCUCAGAUCUAUGAUUGGAUGGUCAGAUCUGUGCCAUACUUCAAGGACAAAGGUGACAGCAACAGCUCUGCAGGCUGGAAGAACUCUAUACGACACAACCUAUCCCUCCAUAGUCGGUUUGUCAGAGUGCAAAAUGAAGGGACAGGCAAGAGUUCAUGGUGGAUGGUCAACCCAGAUGGAGGGAAAGGUGGAAAAGUACCCCGAAGGCGUGCUGUUUCUAUGGACAAUAGCAAUAAGCUAAUUAAGAGUGCCCGUGGCCGUGCGGCUAAAAAGAAAGCUGCCCUCCAGGCAGCUCAGGAUGGAAGCUCGGAGAGCUCCUCCAGUCUGUCCAAAUGGACUGGGAGUCCCACGUCCCGCAGCAGUGAUGAGCUAGAUGCAUGGACAGAUUUCCGCUCUCGCACUAAUUCCAAUGCCAGCACUAUAAGUGGCCGAUUGUCUCCUAUCUUGGCCAACUUGGAGGUGGAUGAGGUUGCUGAUGAUGACUCCCCACUCUCUCCAAUGUUGUACUCCAGUCCCAGCAGCAUGUCUCCUUCCACUGGCCUGACUGAGCUGCCCCGCCUUGCUGACCUUGCAGGUACUAUGAAUCUCAAUGAUGGCCUCUCAGACAACCUAAUGGAUGACUUGCUUGAUAACAUCAGUUUAACAGCUUCACAGUCUCCAGGCCAAGAUGAUGAUGGUGCCAGUGAACAAGGAAGCCCCGUGUUUACCUUUAGCUGCUCUGCCAGCACUCUUGGGGUUCCCAACUCCAUAUUUAGCUCAUUAUCUGUUACCAGCCUGCGCCAAUCCCCCAUGCAAACAAUUCAGGAGAACAAGCAGGCCACCUUUACUUGUGGUUCCCACUUUGGGAAGCAGAGUUUACAGGAUAUGCUCAGCUCUGAGCCUCAUAACCACAGUGAUGUCCUACUGACCCAGUCUGACCCCUUGAUGUCGCAAGCCAGUGCCUCCAUCUCGUCUCAGAGCUCCCGUCGCAAUGGACAAGCUGGGCAUGGGGGACAAGUUGGACUCAAGAAGGUCUCACUGUCUGGAUGGCGAGUGAAUGGAGUUUUGGGGUCAACAGGUGAGUCAGACUACCAAAGCCUGAUCAAACAGCAUCCUCAACAGUCUCCAUCCAGGAGCACAUCUAUGCAGCUUAGCUCAUCUGAUUCCUUGUUGUCAGGUCUCAAUGGUAUCGUGCCCUGUGUGCAGUCAUCAACUCAGGAUCGAUUCUCCACCGAUCUUGAUCUUGAAGAUUUCAGCGGUAACCUUGAUUGUGACAUGGACACCAUUAUGCGGAAUGACCUGAUGGACGCAGAUGACUUGGAGUUCAGCUUUGAUCCUCAUCUUUUUUUCCAUCAAAAUGCGAAUCUGAAUUCAGGGAGUAUGUCAAACACCAAACAAACCUCAUCCCAAAGCUGGGUACCAAGCUGAUCAGCUCAGCGCAUGGAAUGUAGUGAUGGGGCAGAAAAAAAGCUUUAUAAACUGUCCCAACCUUUUAAACACUGUCCUGUGUAAAGGACAUGUAUAAUAAUCUGACAACUACAGAUUGGUCAGAUGAAUUAAAUUUACUAACGGAUUUGAUGAUUGAUUUAAUGGUUUUGUCAACAAAAGUAAUGAAUUGUGAUGAACAUGGGCUUGUAUAUGAUGCAUUUCAUGAAAUUGAUUUUGUAGUUUGACAAUAAGGUUGAAAGACUGAACUAAAGAAACUAAUGAAGUUGGAAAGGUUUUGAUGUUUUUUGGUUAAUAUAAUGAAGUCCCUUAAUCUACUUAAAGAACUACAGUAGGCCUAGACAAGUAUUUCACUGUUACGUUAAGAUUGUGUAACCAUAGUUUAGAAGGUGAUGUUCAUAUUGCUAGUACUCACAUUUGAUAAAACCCAUGAAUUCUGCCAAACUAGUAAUCAUUUAAUAGACCAUUUAGUUGGCCUGUUUACACCAUAGACUAGAGAAUAUCUUUUUAUUUUUUGUCUUCAGAAUUGAUAUGGGAAUGUCUUGUGCAGCCUUUAUAUUAAUCUGGUAAACCAGAAAAAGGGAAGAAAAUGAAUCAUGUGAUGUAUCCAUUAUUCCUUUUACAGAACAGUGAAAUAAGACCAGCUAAUGAGCUAUUAAAUGUGAUGUUUAAAAAUCUGUUCCUUCUCUGGUGCAAGGCAUUUAAUGCUCUCUUAAACUGUCAUGGGGUGCAUUUUAUUAACUACUUGAUCCUACCAAGCGUUCUGUCAUUUCCAUCUUGACUUCACGUGAAAGACUGAACAUCUUUAAAUUAGCUUUCUGUGAUGUGUACACUAAAAUGUUUAGCAUAUUUAUUCUAGCGGUAAGAAACAUUACAAAUACUUACAGAAUAUUAGAACGUGAAUUGCCACUACUUUUUUUUUGUGUAUAUUUGGAAAAACCACCAUUUAUAAGCUUUUAGGGCUACAAUGGCACACUUUUAGCCUUUGUACAUAUCUGCACACUCCAUGGUGCUCUGUAAAUAAGAGCACUGUUUUUGCUCUUAUGGCAAUAUGCAGCAAGGAUCUUCACUUUGCAUGCAAGAAGCAGACCUGUUUUAGUAUUAUAGCUACAAUCAGUGUAAGUUAGUUUGCUUUCAUGGACUGUAUUUUACCUAGUUUGUUGAACAUGCUAAGCAAAUUAGCUGACCCACAGUGAGCCUACUAUUUUGUAUGUUUAGUAGUAGUGCCAUUCAGAGACCCCUGUCACUUGGCAAGCUCACAAGAGUUGCUUUAUCAUGGUUGAAUUCAAUUUUAUACACACAACUUCAACAUCUCAAGCACCAAUGUGCAAUCUUUUUAUGAAUAAUGUUGAGUUAGGGUGGUAGUCAUUGUUUACAUAAUUCCAUUGUGCUAAUAAUACCAAGAGUAUUGUACAUUGCUGUCCUGAUAAUGGGAUAUUUAUUUUAAAUUAGCUUGGAAAAUGUAUCCUGAUUACAUGGUAUUAUUAAGGCAUCAGUAGGAAAUGCAGUUGAAUGCAAAUGAGAAAAGUGAACCAUUUUAUGUUUCACAUGCCCUAUAUACCACAAAUGGCUAUACUGAACCUAUUUACCAACAGAAGAGUUGAGUGUUUGGUAGAAUAGCAAUGUGCAUUGGGUAGUAGAUUGGGAUGGAAUAGUGCAUGUAAAUAAAGCUUUGCACAGUACUGUGAUUUUGUCUUGGGUCCUUGUUGCCUUUUGGAAAUUAAGGAGUUUAAUUAUUAAAGGAAAGCCUGUUUUCUUGUGAGGGUUCUCCACCCUGUCCUGAUGAACAUGAUUCAACUUUUAAAAAAUGAUUCAGUUAUUUAAAUUACUGUUACAGAAAACAUUGUGCAGAGAGAAGCCUGAUGAAAUAUAGAAUCGAAUAUCUGAGCACGUAUUUCACUACAAUUAUUCAUGCUAACGUUCUACAGAAGCUUAUUCCAAAUGCUUGUCAUUUGUAAAUACAGCUGAAAAUUGUUUGUUUGAUUUUUAUUUUGCUCCGUUGGUCAAUACCAAGGGUGCUUAAUAAAGGCUUUAUAUCCACAA